AUGGCCGCACCCCAGAUCUACACACUAUCGGUUGCGGCCGCCUUCCACGGGUUGGACCGCCAGCAUCAGCUGUAUGCCCAUCACAUGGCCAAGGCUGCAUGGAGUGGUACUAGAAUCAUCCUUCGGCAGGUGUCCCCCGAAGCCAAUGAUAUAUUCGAUUUCAUCAUGGCUCUGCAUCGAGACUGUGAUGGUGUUUGGGAACAGAUAACGGAGAGAGGCUCCGUGCAGCCGCAUGAGUUGGAGAACUUUCUCGAUUAUGCGGCAAUGUUUCUAUCCAACGUUGGAAACUACUUUGGCUCCGGUGAUCAAAAGUUCACACCGGAUAUUAAGACAGAUUGUCUUGACAGGCUAGCUUCCUUCUCCCCGUACGCCAGCGAACUGUUACCAAGGGUCAAAGCCCCAAUGCUGGCCAAAGUGCCUAGUAGCCUUGGCCCCCCUGGAAAGCUCACCCAGUCAACAUACUACCUGGGAGAUGACGUCUUAGGAUCUUCAGACGAUAUCGCUGCUAUCUCCAAAUUCAUGGAAGACGCGGAUAUUCUGCCUGAGAACACACGAUUAAGAAGAAACGGAGAUACAGAUGAAUUCGCCUAUGAUAUUCUCCAGGCAUCUACUGUAGAAGCCAGAUAUGCUUUGCAGGGGAGUGAAUUACUCCCCAGUGUGGGUCGGAGCAUUAGACUGGUAAAAGGUGACCACAGAGACGAGUUGAGUCAAAUUUGUAACUGUCUUCAACAAGCCAAAGAAUUCGCAUCGAAUCAGGCACAGCAAGCUAUGCUGGAAGCUCUGAUAGCGAGUUUUGAAUCUGGUAAGCUACAGACAUAUAAAGACGCCCAAGAAAUCUGGGUAAAGGACAAAGCCCCACCCGUGGAGACCGUGCUUGGGUUUGUUGAGCCAUACAGAGACCCACUGGGAGUGCGUGCCGAGUAUGAAGGAAUUGUAGGGAUUCCCGACCCAGCAGAGACAAGAAUACUUGCUGGACUUGCAAGUAAGGCCGACGCAUUCGUCUACAAACUGCCUUGGGUAGACCAGAACGAAAGGAAGGGUGCUUUUGAGAAAGAUCUCUUUGAACCUCCCGACUUUUCCAGCAUUCAGAGCCUUGCUUAUAAUUCCAGUAUCAUCUUCCCUAUCAUCUUCCCCGGAAUAAAUCUUCCGAACUACAAUGACAUUCGCCAAAAGGUCGGUUACAAGAACAUUAUUUUCUCGAACCGCAUGGUUGCAGAGCGUGUCCGUGCCAGAGGGCUGCAUAUGGUAGACGAGUCCGAGCAAGACACGUUCAAGAAUCAUCGAUUUCAUUCCUACUAUAUCUGGGUCGUGCUGCAUGAGAUACUCGGACAUGGUACGGGUCGCUUUCUCACAGAGGACCCAGCAGGCAAUUUCAAUUUUGAUCCCAACAAUCCGCCACUCAAUCCUCUUACACAGCAGCCUGUCGGUUGUUGGUAUCGUCCCGGCCAAACAUGGACCGGGGUAUUCCAGGAUCUUUCAACUACCGUCGAUGAAUGUAGAGCAGAGCUUGUGGGGGCCUACUUGAUGGAUGAGCCUGAGAUUCUGGAGGUCUUCGGGUAUACGGCAAACAGUGAGGUCAAGCCUGAUAAUGUCAUCUACAACAUGUAUUUGCAGCUAGGAGUGGACGGACUCCGAGGCCUGGAAAACUAUGAUCCCAUCACCAAGAAAUGGGGCCAGGCACACAGUCGAGCUCAUUAUGCAAUCUUCCGACACCUCCUCCGAGAUAGCGACGGGUUGUUCACAGUCGUAUGUGACACUGGGAGAAAGAAAUUGACAGUUAAAAUAGACGGGUCGAACGUCAUUCGAAAGGGUAAGCCGUCUUUGGGCCGAAUGCUCAUGAGUCUGCAUGUCUAUCGCUGCACUGCAGACAUCAAGAAUUGUCGAGCCUUGUACGAGGACCUUUCCAACGUUGACGAGGAGGCGUUGAAAUGGAGGGAUGUUGUUAUCUCCAGGAAGGAUCCUCCUCUUGCAUUCUGUCAAGCGAAUACUUUCCUAGACGGGGGCAUUGUAACAAUCAAGGAAUAUGAGCCCACAGCGCGCGGUGUAAUUCAGAGUUGGGCUGAGAGGGGGAUACUUUGA